GAGAUCUCUAGAAGUUGAAAAGAAGCAAACCAUGGCCUCCUCCUCACAAAGAAUGCAAUUGCAACUCAUCAACAUCAUCAUCAUGCUACUACUACAACUACAACUAGUAGUGGUGGUGCUGGUGGUGGUGGUAUUGUCAUCAUCAUCGUCAUCUUCAUCAGCAACUGCAGCACCACCAACAAUAGGAGAUCUAAAAAACCUCGGCUGCUGGAACAGUUGUGGGAAUGUAAGCAUCCCAUACCCAUUCGGUGUGAAAAACAAGUGUUACCUGAAUGAAGACUUCCUCAUUUCUUGUAAUCAAUCCAAUCCAUAUUUUCAGAAUAGAAGUAUCACUGUUUCAAAUAUAAUGCUCGAGGAGGGUGAGUUACGCAUCAUGCAGCAGCUCAUCAUAUCACCAUCACAAAGCAACUUCAAUGCAUCGCUCAUCCUGGGCAAGUUCUCCAUAUCUAGAACCAAGAACAAGUUCACUGCUAUUGGUUGUGACACAUAUGCGAAUCUCCGAAUUUAUAAAAACGAAGCUUUGGUUCUUUCAUCCGCGUGUAUCUCACAAUGUGUAAACAUGGACUACGUUUCUAAUGGAACUUGCUCUGGAAUCGGUUGUUGCCAAACCUCCAUCCCAAAAGGAGGCAGCCACAUCGACAUUAAUGUGUCUAGCUUCUCGAAUCAUGAAAAUGUAUUGAACUUGAAUUCCUGCAGCUAUGCCUUUGUUAUUGAAGAACGUGCGUUUAAUUUCUCCACAACUUAUCUUGAUUUUGGAGAAAAAAAAAUUCCGAUGGUGCUGGAUUGGGGAAUAGGGGAUAUUCAGACAUGCGAACAAGCUAAAAGAAAUCAGACAAGUUAUGCAUGUGGACAAAAUAGCGAUUGUCAUAACGCAACAAAUGCUGGUGGGUAUAUCUGCAAGUGUUUGUCCGGUUACAAAGGGAACCCCUACCUAGAUGAUGGCUGCCAAGACAUAAAUGAGUGUGAACAGCCAAACCUCAACAAUUGUGGUGGUAACACUAAAUGUGUUAACACACCAGGGAAUUAUACCUGCACUACUGAUCCGUUGAUUGAGACUGUGACUGGUGUGUGCUCUGGAAUUGGAGCAUUGUUUUUACUAAUUGCUUCUUGGUGGCUAUAAAAAGUACUGGAAAAAAGAAAUAGUAAGAAGCGCAAAGAAAAAUGAUUAAGACAGAAUGGUGGAUUAUUGCUGAAAGAACAGUUGUCUUCAAGUGAUGAUAGUGUUGAGAAAUUCAAACUGUUCAGUUCAAAAGAGUUAGAGGUUGGUGGUUUGAAAGGUUGGUGAUUUAUUAAACAAAUUGGUGGAGAAUGUGCUGGUGGUUUGUUUUAUCUUAUUAUUUUACAAAGCAGUGGAGAGAUGUCAUUUUAAGGGAGGAGGAUCUGCACUACGAAGGUUUUCAUUGAUCCGUUUGAACCUGCAGUAGGAAGGAUUUUCAAUGUUUGUAGAGUUUGUAGUGUGGGGAGUGUUUGGUAGCUAAGAUCUCCUUAGUUACCUUUCUUUUC